UUUAAAGUUACAUCAACUUCCCAUUGGACCUAGCAGUCCUACAUGUGGGUAUUUGCCCUAGUGAAAUGAAAACCUAGGACCACCCAAAAACCUAUAAAUGAAUGUUUAUAGCAACUUUGUGACAGCCCUAAACUGGAAAAACCCAAAUGAUCUCAAUGAGUGAAAGGAGGAAAAAAAAAAUCUGCACUAGAUCUCUAGAAUAUAAUACUAUUCGGCAGGAAAGAGGAAUGAGUCAUUGAUGCACAUGGAAAAUUGGAUAGACCUGAAAGACAAGCUGAGUGAGAGAAGCCAGUCACAGAACAUUUCAUUCAGCGGGUGUCCUAGGAAACAGCAAAACCACAGUGAUGGAAAAUAGAUCAAUGGUUGCUGGGGGUUGUGGUGGGAUAAGAGUUUGAAUAGAAAGAGGUAUUUUUUAGGUGAUGAAGCUAUUACUGUAUGUUCUGUUUGUGGCGGUGGUUACACGAAUCUAAACGUGUCAAAAUUCAACACCGGGGAAUAAGGCGGGGACUUGGUGUGGCGCUACGGUAUCUUUCGUCUUGGGUGUCUGUCGUGCCUUUUGCCCAGCUUCCAACUGCACUAUGUUGGGACAGAGCAUCUGGAGGUUCACAGCCUCUGUGGUCUGUAGGAGCCACUCUGAGGAGGGUCCAGGGGAGAAUUUGCCACUUUCAGUGGAAAACAAGUGGUGGUUACUAAAUAUGAUGACUGUGUACUUUGGAUCUGGAUUCACUGCACCUUUGUUUAUAGUAAGACACCGACUGCUCGAGAAAUUAGAAUGUUUUAAGUAAUCCAUUAAGCAGAUGUGAAAAGGAACGUUUUAAGAGGUGCGAUCUCUUUUCAAACGCUUGAAUUCAACAUACCCGGUAUGUUUGUUAAUGAACUUGAGGCAUGAAAAACAACCAGGUCAAAAUUCAAAGAACUGUAUGCCAAAAGAACAAAAAGCCAAAUUUACUCAAUGAAAUUGAGGAAAUUAUACAAAAUAAUUGUAUCAUCCUAUGCUUAUGGGUCCUUAGCUUCCUUGCGACAAUUUAAUAUGUCCA